AUGGAUGGGGGCCCGGUUUUUGGGCGACAAUCUCAUCUGCCACCAGGACAAGAUGAGUCGGGGGGAGGUGGUGUGUGUAUGGGGGAAAUUGGAUUUGGUGCUGGUGGUUGCGAGAAUGGAGUGGACUACAGGAGAGAAGCUAGAAGAGGCAGAGGUGGAGAAGAAAGUGAGCCAGAUCCAGGCAAACCGAGGCUUGCCGACUCGACUAAGGCAUCUGCCGUACAUUUAAGAAAUGUUGAUUAA